GGAGGUGGCACAAUCCGUUACCUCGUGGUGUAGGUUUGCCCUAAACCUAAAUCCGGCUAUCAAUGUAUGUGGCACCUUGCGAAGGUUACUCAGCCUGCAACCGCAGGCACAUCUACAGCCACCUCUAUACUUUUUGGCGAGGGGCUACUUGUACCCUCCUCUACAUUUUCUCCGAUGCUGGGGGUAUUUUCUGAUGACAACCCUUCAGACGACGGAGAAGGGUUCGCACCAGACCCCUCGUGCACGCUUGGACUGGCACUACUCUCUUUCGGCAAGUCUUGCAGUUCCGGCGGUACAAUCAUCGCAAUCGGUUCUGCGGAUAUCACGCUUUCUUCCCUUUCCGUGUCACCUGAAAACUUUGGAAGUCCUUUGUUGCAGAAGAGUACAGAAAAUAUGGAACUGGAAUAUGGAAACAGAGGUGUAGAAGCAGCUAAGAACUUCAACAGUGUUGGAUUGCGAAGCUGCCCAAACAGUUCUCAUUAGAGAAUACAUUCCGAAUAUCUGAGGUAUGCUUGACAGCAGCACCUGAAUUGAAUUUGGCAUUUAGAUCUUUAGGAAAUCUUUCAACCAGCUCCUUUAACUGCAAGAUCAAGCAUCACAAAUUAAAAAAUAUUAGGAUUC